AUGGCGUCGCCUUCGCGAUCUCCAGGGCCCACAGAAUUCACACAGAGGGACAAACGAGGUUUGCAACACACAGGUGUUCCGAAAAGCACUUCGUCGAGAAGUAACAUCGACCCUAAUACAUCAAAUGGGCCAGGGAGCGCCAAAGGCUUUCGCAAAAGGUUGUGCAGUUUGGCUUUGGAAACACCAAGACUCUUUUUGGGCUAUGGCGCAAAUACUGAAUAAGCAACUUCCGUGUCAUGGCAGCUCCAGUUUUCGAGUUCCUGCUCCUCUCUCGAUUUCCUAACUAAGUUUUAACUUCAAACAUCUGCGAUAGAACUGCUGAUUAUCUAAAUAUUUAAGGCGGCGGCGCGACGGCGGCGGGCGUGCGCGACGGCGUAGCCGAGGGCUGGGGCCCCGCCGAGAAGAGGCGCGGCUGCUCGUGCGCAGGCAUGGCGCUGCAGUGCAGGGUGAAGACGGCCAAGGUCUUCCUCGCCGUCUUCAACGUGCUCUUCUGGGUGGUGGGCGGCGUGCUGCUGGUGCUGGGCGCGUGGAUCUUCCUCGACAACACCAACGAGCGCCUGCUGCUGCUGGCGGCGCCGCCUUCCAUGUCUGCGCAUGCGCUCUUCUUUAUGGCGUACGCGUUGCUGGCGCUGGGGCUCGGAGCGCUCAUUGCCGGCGUGCUGGGCUGCUGCGGUGCGCUGCAGGGCUCGCGCUGCCUGCUGGUGUCGUUCUUUGGGCUCCUGCUGGUGCUGCUGGGCGGCGCCGUGGCGCUGACUGCAGGAGCGCUGGCGACGCGCGUGCAGGUGCUGUCGGGGCUGCAGGAGCGCCUAGGGCAGCAGCUGCCGCUGCGCUACAACUCGCUGCGGUCCGACAACAUCUCCUUCAGCGACGCCGUCGACCUCGCGCAGUACAAGCUGCGCUGCUGCGGGGUGCGCUCGUUCGCCGACUACGAGAACUCGCGCUGGUGGAACGAGAGCCGCAAGUCGCCGCAGUUCUCGCCGCCCAUCGUGCCGCCCACGUGCUGCACGCUCACCAACGACGAAGUGGCGCACUCCGGCAGCCCGCUGCGCGUCGUCUCGCGCGUCUUCGGCGGCACGGUGGAGGAGCCGUGGCAGCACCCGAAGCCCAAGGACCCGAACGCUUGCCAGAGAGAAGACGCCCCGGAAGACAUUCGCCACAAGAAGGGUUGCGCCGCGGGACUGUCGGCGUGGUACCAGCAGGCGACGGUGCUGCUGGUGGCGGCCGCCGUGGGAACCUCUCUCUUUGGACUGCUGGGGCUGGUGCUGACGGUAUGCCUGUGUCGCGCCAUCGCGGAGGACCUUGACGGAGCGGACGCGAAGCCGACGGUGGCGGCGGCGGCGGCGGCCGACGAGGAGGACGAAGAGGAAUAGGCGUCCCACCGCACCCCUCGCCUGCCCUCACCCCAAGCCCCUCGCGAGUGCCUUGGCGUCCUGGGACCAACCGCCGAGCGGGCGGGACUCAACGCGCCGAUUGCAAUGGAGGUUUCCGUUCGGGCCAUGUGGACUCGGGAUCUGAAAAGCCCCUGAGUGAAUAUGAAAGGUGAUGACCGUAAUCAAGACUUAUUUUGUUGGGAAUGGUCGCUGAUCUAGCGUUUGAUAGUCAUCAUUGUGUAGUUACGGACGUGCGUAUACUUACCACAUGUGAAAUGUCUAAAUUAAACAAAUGUAUAUUACGUCACCAUUAUGCCUAAUCGAAUCAUGAAUAGAACUUGAAGGUAUAGCGAAGGUGUCAUUUUUUUAAUUGAACAUCAAUUUGAAUGCUUCUUUGUUAUGAAUGUAAUUUCUUGUUUCUUAUACGGAAGAAAUCAAAAUGCAAAUUGUCUAUUUUUCUGAACUGCUGAAGAAAUAAUCACCAGAAAAAAAAAUAAUAGUAAGUUGUAUUUUUAGCUUUCUGAAUAACGUUCAGUGCUCACCGAAGCAGUGUCUGGGGACAAUGUCAUCACAAAGGACCUUUCAAGAGGUACACGACGAAAUUGGGCCUCAUUUUUUCUAUAGAUAGAUAUUUACUAUUUAUAUGUGCUGUGAAAAUAUAGUUGUCGUCACACACUAAAAGUUAUUUAAAAAAUUCCACUAUUUUCACGACGCAAUUGUCGUUCCUGUGUCGUUUGUGCAGCCCUGCCUUUAGUGAGGCAAUGCCCGCCAAGGGAGUAAGGGCUUCUGAGGGCACGAGUUCCAAUUCAGAGCAGCGAAGCACUAAGGCAAUGACAUUUCUCAUGCCCUUCACAACCCCGCGCGGUGCAACGCCCUAGCGCUUCCGAACACAAGUUCGUCCACAUUGAGGAACAGAAACCCGAUGUGUCAAAGUAUGCUCGCGGCGUGCAAGUGUAGUUAACAUUAUUUGUGGACCUUCUGUUAUUUUGAUACAGAGACAUCUCCGUAUGAUGGUUCAGCUGUAUGUGUUUGUAGUACGCCCGUUAAGUCAUUUUGAUCAUUAUCCAUGCUGGUGUCAAUGUGAAUUGGCUCGAAAACAGUAAAAUGACUAUGACUGUGACUAUGACUUGAUUGUUUCGUUCGGUAAGAGGGUCCUGAGUGACUCGGAAGUCAAUAAUUGGUUGAUUUCUAUUAUUAUAAACUAUAAACGUAUCAUCGCCGUCGGGGGCCGCUCUAUGCCGCCUUGACGAAUAUGCAGCAUUGACAGCAAGUGCUAAUGAUAAAGCUCGAUUUUUGCCAAUAUGGCAUUUUUAAUUUAAAUCUAAAUAAAUUAUAAAUUUAAAAAAAUUAAUUUAAUAUGAUAAAUAAUUAAUUUAAUAUGAUUAAAUUAAUGAUAUUAUUAAAAUAAUAAUGUAAGGUCCCUAGUAACUUAUCAAAUUCACAAAAUAAAUCCACAGACUUAGUAUACCAGGACUCUAUAUUCCCCGAAAUGAACUAUUAUUUUCCGCCCAACAAACUCUUAGACAUAACCGGUAAGUACAGAUGCUAGUGAACAAUGACAGCAAUAUGUGAGUCGUUCGCUGCAGCAAGGUCUGUCCAUGAUGGUAACGGAAACAGCGAGCCAGA